AGCAAAAAGGGCUAUGAUGACCAGGCAGCAUUGAGCAACUCUGACUCUGCCUUCCCCUCUUCGCACACCUUCUGGUUACUGAAAACCCAGCGUUAGUAGAAAAGUUUCUUCUCUUUGAAUGACAGAACCACAGCAUAAUGCGUGGCUUCAACCUGCUCCUCUUCUGGGGAUGUUGUGUUAUGCACAGCUGGGAAAGGCACAUAAGACCCACACAGAAACCAAACACAAAGGGUAAUAACUGUAGAGACAGUACCUUGUGCCCAGCUUAUGCCACCUGCACCAACACAGUGGACAGUUACUAUUGCACUUGCAAACGAGGCUUCCUGUCCAGCAAUGGGCAAAAUCACUUCAAGGGUCCAGGAGUGCGCUGCAAAGAUAUUGAUGAAUGUUCUCAAAGCCCCCAGCCCUGUGGUCCUAACUCAUCCUGCAAAAACCUGUCAGGGAGGUACAAGUGCAGCUGUUUAGAUGGUUUCUCUUCUCCCACUGGAAAUGACUGGGUCCCAGGAAAGUCGGGCAAUUUCUCCUGUACUGAUAUCAAUGAGUGCCUCACCAGCACGGUCUGCCCUGAGCAUUCUGACUGUGUCAACUCCAUGGGAAGCUACAGUUGCAGCUGUCAAGUUGGAUUCAUCCCUAGAAACUCCACCUGUGAAGAUAUUGAUGAAUGUUCUCAAAGCCCUCAGCCCUGUGGUCCUAACUCAUCCUGCAAAAACCUGUCAGGGAGGUACAAGUGCAGCUGUUUAGAUGGUUUCUCUUCUCCCACUGGAAAUGACUGGGUCCCAGGAAAGCCGGGCAAUUUCUCCUGUACUGAUAUCAAUGAGUGCCUCACCAGCACGGUCUGCCCUGAGCAUUCUGACUGUGUCAACUCCAUGGGAAGCUACAGUUGCAGCUGUCAAGUUGGAUUCAUCUCUAGAAACUCCACCUGUGAAGAUAUUGAUGAAUGUUCUCAAAGCCCUCAGCCCUGUGGUCCUAACUCAUCCUGCAAAAACCUGUCAGGGAGGUACAAGUGCAGCUGUUUAGAUGGUUUCUCUUCUCCCACUGGAAAUGACUGGGUCCCAGGAAAGCCGGGCAAUUUCUCCUGUACUGAUAUCAAUGAGUGCCUCACCAGCACGGUCUGCCCUGAGCAUUCUGACUGUGUCAACUCCAUGGGAAGCUACAGUUGCAGCUGUCAAGUUGGAUUCAUCUCUAGAAACUCCACCUGUGAAGAUAUUGAUGAAUGUUCUCAAAGCCCCCAGCCCUGUGGUCCUAAUUCAUCCUGCAAAAACCUGUCAGGGAGGUACAAGUGCAGCUGUUUGGAUGGUUUCUCUUCUCCCACUGGAAAUGACUGGAUCCCAGGAAAGCCAGGCAAUUUCUCCUGUACUGACGUGGAUGAAUGUGCAGAUCCAAGAGCUUGCCCAGAGCAUGCAACUUGUAAUAACACUGUUGGAAACUACUCUUGUUUCUGCAACCCAGGAUUUGAAUCCAGCAGUGGCCACUUGAGUUUCCAGGGUCUCGAAGCAUCGUGUGAAGAUAUUGAUGAAUGCACUGAAAUGUGCCCCAUCAAUUCAACAUGCACCAACACUCCUGGGAGCUACUUUUGCACCUGCCACCCUGGCUUUGCACCAAGCAAUGGACAGUUGAAUUUCACAGACCAAGAAGUGGUAUGUAGAGAUAUUGAUGAGUGCCGCCAAGAUCCAUCAACCUGUGGUCCUAAUUCUAUCUGCACCAAUGCCCUGGGCUCCUACAGCUGUGGCUGCGUUGUAGGCUUUCAUCCCAAUCCAGAAGGCUCCCAGAAAGAUGGCAACUUCAGCUGCCAAAGGGUUCUCUUCAAAUGUAAGGAAGAUGUGAUACCCGAUAAUAAGCAGAUCCAGCAAUGCCAAGAGGGAACCACAGUGAAACCUGCAUAUGUCUCCUUUUGUGCACAAAUAAAUAACAUCUUCAGCGUUCUGGACAAAGUGUGUGAAAAUAAAACGACCAUAGUUUCUCCGAAGAAUACAACUGAGAGCUUUGUCCCUGUGCUUAAACAAAUAUCCACGUGGACUAAAUUCACCAAGGAACAGACGUCCUCCCUGGCCACAGUCUUCCUGGAGAGUGUGGAAAGCAUGACACUGGCAUCUUUUCGGAAACCCUCAGCAAAUGUCACUCUGGCUGUUCGGACGGAAUACUUAGACAUUGAGAGCAAAGUUAUCAACAAAGAAUGCAGUGAAGAGAAUGUGACCUUGAACUUGGUAGCCAAGGGGGAUAAGAUGAAGAUCAGGUGUUCCACAAUUGAGGAAUCUGAAUCCACAGGGACCACUGGUGUGGCUUUUGUCUCCUUUGUGGGCAUGGAGUCGGUUUUAAAUGAGCACUUCUUCCAAGAUCACCAGGCUCCCUUGACCACCUCUGAGAUCAAGCUGAAGAUGAAUUCUCGAGUCAUUGGGGGCAUAAUGACUGGAGAGAAGAAAGACGGCUUCUCAGAUCCAGUCAUCUACACUCUGGAGAACAUUCAGCCAAAGCAGAAGUUUGAGAGGCCCAUCUGUGUUUCCUGGAGCACUGAUGUGAAGGGUGGAAGAUGGACAUCCUUUGGCUGUGUGAUCCUGGAAGCUUCUGAGACAUAUACUGUCUGCAGCUGUAAUCAGAUGGCAAAUCUUGCCGUUAUCAUGGCGUCUGGGGAGCUCACGAUGGACUUUUCCUUGUACAUCAUUAGCCAUGUGGGCAUUAUCAUCUCCUUGGUGUGCCUCGUCUUGGCGAUCGCCACCUUUCUGCUGUGUCGCUCCAUCCGAAAUCACAUCACCUACCUCCACCUGCACCUCUGCGUGUGUCUCCUCUUGGCGAAGACUCUCUUCCUCGCCGGUAUACACAAGACUGACAACAAGACGGGCUGCGCCAUCAUCGCGGGCUUCCUGCACUACCUUUUCCUUGCCUGCUUCUUCUGGAUGCUGGUGGAGGCCGUGAUACUGUUCUUGAUGGUCAGAAACCUGAAGGUGGUGAAUUACUUCAGCUCUCGCAACAUCAAGAUGCUGCACAUCUGUGCCUUUGGUUAUGGGCUGCCGACACUCGUGGUGGUGAUCUCUGCCAGUGUGCAGCCACAGGGCUAUGGAAUGCAUAAUCGCUGCUGGCUGAAUACAGAGACAGGGUUCAUCUGGAGUUUCUUGGGGCCAGUUUGUACAGUCAUAGUGAUCAACUCCCUUCUCCUGACCUGGACCCUGUGGAUCCUGAGGCAGAGGCUUUCCAGUGUUAAUGCCGAAGUCUCAACGCUAAAAGACACCAGGUUACUGACCUUCAAGGCCUUUGCCCAGCUCUUCAUCCUGGGCUGCUCCUGGGUGCUGGGCAUUUUUCAGAUUGGACCUGUGGCAGGUGUCAUGGCUUACCUGUUCACCAUCAUCAACAGCCUGCAGGGGGCCUUCAUCUUCCUCAUCCACUGUCUGCUCAACGGCCAGGUACGAGAAGAAUACAAGAGGUGGAUCACUGGGAAGACGAAGCCCAGCUCCCAGUCCCAGACCUCAAGGAUCUUGCUGUCCUCCAUGCCAUCCGCUUCCAAGACGGGUUAAAGUCCUUUCUUGCUUUCAAAUAUGCUAUGGAGCCACAGUUGAGGACAGUAGUUUCCUGCAGGAGCCUACCCUGAAAUCUCUUCUCAGCUUAACAUGGAAAUGAGGAUCCCACCAGCCCCAGAACCCUCUGGGGAAGAAUGUUGGGGGCCGUCUUCCUGUGGUUGUAUGCACUGAUGAGAAAUCAGGUGUUUCUGCUCCAAACGACCAUUUUAUCUUCGUGCUCUGCGACUCCUUCAAUUCCAGAGUUUCUGACCCCAAUUCAGUGGCAUGACCAAGAACACCUGACUACCAUUUUGUUUUCUCCUGCCCUUGUUGGCGCAUGGUUCUAAGUGUGCCCCUCCAGCGCCUAUCAUACGCCUGACACAGAGAACCUCUCAAUAAAUGAUUUGUCACCUGUCUGACUGAUUUA